AUGCCUCAAUUACUGGUAACUCUUGCAAAGAGAGGUACUCGUUUGCCUACUUUACCCAAAGAUUCAACUGCUAAUAAUCAAGUAGGUACACCUGACCUUUCUUCAUCUAAUGUGUCAAAGAGUGUGUCAAUUAAUUCUAAACUUGUUAGUGAUGUGUCCACUCCUUUUAAUUUGAAAUACCAACCUUUUGACAUUAUUGAUCAUACAAAGAAAACAAAAAUCCAAAUGUCAGAAGUUGAGUACCUUAAAGAUAAUCCUGAACAGUUUGAUAGGUUAGCUAAAUUUGUUAAAGAAAAAGAAAAACCUCAAGUUCUUGUAGUCUCUCAAAAUAACUUAGUUGAUGUUCCUUCCAUUGUGUCAGCUCCAGUGACAUCUCAUAAGAUUUUGAGAGUUGGGUAUUAUUGCCAUACCCUUUUUCAAGAUACUUAUGAUUGGGUUGGGAAGUGUGAUUUAUGUCAGCAAUUUGUUGGUAAAUCCAAGCUUACAGCAUUUCCUCUCAAUCUAGUUAUAAUUGAGGAACCAUUUCAGCAAUGGGGUGUUGACUUUAUUGGCCCAAUUAAUCCUCCAUCCAAUGCAGGUCAUCACUAUGUUUUGACCGCCAUGGAUUAUUUUACUAAGUGGGUUGAAGCAGUUUUUGUCAAGCACACUACAUCUGAAACGGUGUGUGAUUUUAUAAAAGAAAAUAUUGUUAGUAGGUUUGGUGUUCCAAACAAGAUAGUUGCAGUUAAUGCUACCUAUUUCUCUUCAUAUGAAAUUACUCAGUUUUUCUUUGAGUAUCAUAUUACUCUUGCCCAUUCUUCAGACUAUUAUCCACAAUGCAAUGAUCAAGCGAAAUCAAGCAACAAGAGUCUGAUUGCAAUAAUUGAGAAUUUGGUUCAUGAAAAUCAGCAUCUGUGGCAUAAAGCGUUGAUUAAUGCUUUGUGGGUGGAUAGAAUUACACCAAAGAGAGCGAUUGGGUUAUUACAUUUUCAACUUCUUCAUGGUACUGAUGCAGAUAUUCCAAUUACUUUAUAG